UUGAUUCGGUCCAGUGUGCGACGGUUCGGAGCCGUGGGCCCACGCACGGAGGCCCAUCGCCGUCCCUCUUCGUGUCUACUUGAGGGACUCCGUGAUAACACUCGCGCUUCCACCCUGGGUCAGUGUAUCGAUACCUUCGCCAGCCAAGGGAUUUCCGGCCCGACUUCCAGAUUAUUCAGAUUCAAGAGGAUGGAUUUGUACUACUAUCCGACAAGUCCUCCUUGCCUCUCGGUUGUCUUGCUCACUCGAGAGUUGGGCCUUACACCUAACCUCAGAGUCAUCGACAUAACAGCCGCAGAGCACAUGGAGUCGGAAUACAGGGAACUGAAUAUACAACACACAGUUCCAUGUUUGGACGACAGCGGAUUCGUUUUAAGUGAAAGUCGAGCGAUUUUGAUCUACCUAGUGGAAACGUAUGGAAGAAGCACGUCUCUUUAUCCUAGUAAUACGAAGCAUAGAGCCACCGUUCACCAGAUGCUAUUCUUCGAUCAAGGAACUAUUUAUCAAAGAAUAUACGACUAUUAUAUCGAGCCAGUGUUCUUCUCCAGUACACCAUUAGAUGAGAAUAAAUUGAAAAAGCUAGAGGAUGGCAUGGAAGUAUUGGAUUUAAUGCUUGAGAAGAGGAAAUGGGCGGCUGGAAGUGACAGAACUAUUGCUGAUUUCGCUCUUUUCAGCACUGUGUCCGUGGCGAAGACUUUUGGUUUUGAUUUUGAGAAAUACACAAAUAUAAUGGAAUGGCACUCCAAAGUACAAAGCUCGAUGGAGGCCUAUCAAGAUCUGUAUCAAGCACCUCUUGAGACGGUUGGUGAGCUAUUCCAAAAUAAAUUAGCUGACAUCAAUGGCUAAUCCUCUCCAAAUUUUAUUUUAAAGUGGCCUCAGGUUUGGCGAUAAAAAAAUGAAAAAGCCGUAAAAACUCAAUAAGAUCCUAACAGGGGCAAAACUUGUUCAAUUACACUAACAGGACAUCGAUGUUGAUUGUAAAUAAAUCGUCAUUGCAUUUGUCAUAUUUUGCCCCCUUACGUGUCAAUAAAAUGUUAAAUUUUUCUCCA